UUUCUCUAUGCUUUCCUCAUUUCUUUUUAAAGAUAGGAGUGUAUAAUGGCGACUAGUAAUUCAAUCGAUGACUUUUUCUGUAUUGAUGAUUUUGAAAAGUUUGCCCUUAAAAGUUUAAGUAAAAAAAUUGGUGAUUAUUAUAAAAGUGGUGCAAACAAUGAACAGACUUUAAUUGAAAAUAAAGAAGCUUUUAAAAGGUUACGUUUUAGAACUAGAAGUCUUCAAAAUGUUUCAAAACGGCAUUUGGCUGUUACUCUUGCAGGGAAAGAUGUUUCCUUCCCUAUUGGAAUUGCUCCUACUGCUAUGCAAAGGAUGGCUCAUCCUGAUGGAGAAAUAGCCACGAUAAAGGGAGCAAAUCAUGAAAAUGUCAUUAUGAUACUCAGUACUUUAUCAACAACUUCAAUGGAAGAUGUAGCCAAAGCAGCUCCUAACUCAAAGAGAUGGUUUCAAUUAUAUAUUUACAAUGAAAGAAAGGUUACUGAAAAUCUGGUUGCUCGAGCAGAAAAGGCUGGCUUCUCUGCAUUAGUUGUCACUGUUGAUACUCCAGUUUUUGGUCAUAGAAUUGCUGAUUCAAGAAAUAGAUUUGCUCUUCCUCCUCACUUGAGGCUUGCAAAUUUUGAUACAGACUUGUCAUCAUUACCAUCAUCAACUGAAGAAUCUAAUUUAAAUAAAUAUGUGAAUUCUUUGUUUGAUCCCUCCUUAACUUGGGAAGAUAUUCUUUGGUUGAAAUCUAUCACAUCUUUACCAAUCAUUGUAAAAGGAGUUCUGACAGCUGAAGAUGCCAUUUCAGCUGUUAAAUAUGGUGUAUCUGGAAUUAUUGUAUCAAAUCAUGGUGGAAGGCAGCUAGAUGGUGUUCCUGCAACUAUUGAAGCAUUACCUGAAGUUGUUAGAGCUGUUGCUGGACGCUGUGAAGUGUAUAUGGAUGGUGGUGUGCGUACUGGAACAGAUGUUCUCAAAGCUUUAAUUUUGGGGGCAAAGGCAGUGUUUAUUGGAAGGCCAAUUUUAUGGGGUCUUGCUCAUAGUGGUGAAAAAGGAGUAAUAAAAGUUCUUCAGAUUUUAAAGAAAGAAUUAGACCUUUCUAUGGCUUUGCUUGGUUGCACCAAUGUGAAUGAUCUAAAGCCAUCUAUGGUUGUAAGACAGGAACAUUAUUCAAAACUGUAAGAUUUCUUUUGUAACAGAAAUCAAGUUUAACAAAUGUAUAUAAUCUAAUAGUUGAAAUGUUAAAAAUAACAGUUAUUUGUUUUAAUUUAUUUUUAUACUUUUUAGAUAAAAUGUAUUUAUGUAUAAUAUAUAUUUGUUUAAGGUGACAGUUUUUAAAAAUAUUUCACCUAUUAGCUUGUAUACCUAAUAAAAAAUAAUUUCAAUUAUUUAAAU